UCAGUUAUUGUUGGGUUUAAACUAAGUGACAAACUAGAAACCUUCAACUUUUGUAUAAAUCUAUUCAAAGUGAGCUUGAGAAAAGUGGCCUUCAAGUUCCAGUAAAUGAAGGCCAUGUUUUUUUUUUGUUUUGUUUUUUUUCUUUUCUUGUGAAAGCAGAAGUCAGAUGUGUGCACACCAGGGCAGCAGUUUCCCUUUUGCUCGAAGGGAAAAACAGCAUUUGUCCCCUGGGGGAACUUUAAAAUUCUCUGGGGUUCACCUUUCUUUAAAAAAAGAAAAAAAGUACAUUUAAAAAUGUAACUAUGGAUUCGUUUGAUUGCGUCUAUCUAUUGCAGACGCUGAUUACCGGUAUCUCUGGGGAACCCGCAGUGCGCAUGCGCGUUGGAGCAGUUACCAUAGCGUCGUUUAAAGCUGCUGCUUCUUCACUUUGUGUCACGUCCGACAACACUGCAGCGUUUGAUAGCGGGAAUGCGGUUUAAUUACAGCUCCUUUUCUUGGUAUUUAGUGUUGUUUUUUUCUCUCCCUCCUCGUUUCGAUGAACACUCGAGAAACUUUUGAGCAGAAAAAACACGUAUGGAUCGACAGACUACUCCAAUGUCCGCGUGCGUUUGACGGGAAGAGGUGCUUUAUGGUCCUGCUGAAAGAUGAACUGCACAAAGUGGAGGUUUAGACGUCCAGCCCCCGAGACUGUAAUCAGCAAAGAUGAGCUGGCGUUCAGGCGUCCGAGAGUCAACGGAUGGUCGUGCCCGCCCGGAGCUUCUCAGCUGGUUGGAUGGCUGGUGUACGGCUUCCUCGCCACAAUCAGUUUUGGCAUCCACAUCCCUCUGCUGCCUCGGCCGUGGUACCACGUGGCCUAUGCUACUCUUGGCACUGUAUUCAUUGUGCACUUUUUCACCCAUGUUGCUGCGGUGACCGUAGAUCCGGCAGACGCCAGUGUGAGAGCCAAAGUGAACUAUUCCAGUCCACUGCCCCUUUUUGACCGCUCAAAACAGCCACAUGUUAUCAAGGACCAACACUGUUUUCUGUGUGACGUCCAGGUUAGUGGCCCCAGAGUAAAGCACUGCAGCAGUUGCAACAAAUGCGUGGAAGACUUUGAUCACCAUUGCAAAUGGCUAAAUACCUGUGUGGGUGGAAGAAACUACUGGUUGUUUUUUUCAGCACUCGUCUCUGCUUUAGUGGGUGUGCUUUUGCUUUUUACGCUCAUCCUGUUCGUCUUUGUGCAACAUAUACGGGAUCCACACAUCCUGAGGACUGCUCCACAAUUAGGAGCCUUACCAGGGAAUUCAACAUGGCUGCUGUUCUUACCAUUGGCUCCCAUUGAGACGAGUUCGGCGGGUCUUCUUACAAUCACUUUCAUUGCUCUAAUGCUGAGCACCAUCUGCCUGAUGCUGCUCUGCCAUUUGUUGUGUUUUCAUCUUUUCUUGUUUUAUAAAGGUAUUAGCACAUUUGAAUAUGUGAAGUUAAAAAAACAGGAAAAAUCCCGAAAACAAGAACUUGAAUGUCGAAACUCAAAAAGGCCCAGCAAAACUCCACAGAAUCAAGAAAACUCAAUUGACUGUGAACCAACAAAAUAUCCCAGUUCAAGCAAUUUAGUCAGCAAAAAUCCACUCACGUUUCGACUUUCAGAGACUUUAUGUUCCGAGAUGGAGAGCUUCAAGAAAUCGGUAGACAAUGACAAGUUCCGUUAUGGCACAGAAAAUAAAACGAGGGGAAUCUCUAUGAGCGUCAUCCAAAACUGGAAAGCCAGUAAUGAAGAGGAUUAUCCGAGUGGAAGUGGGAACUCUCUUCCUGAGACACAGGACCCUUUAGGCAGCUCUAUUAUGUCUCCGAACCGUUCCUCUCAGUAACUGAUGGGUCAACAUUUCCCCUCAGGAGCACCCUGUAAAUUUAUUUUUUUGCUUUUCAAUUGUAAAAUACUUUUUUUUUUUUUUUUUUUUUUUACAAGCUGUGUCAAACUGUAGGAAGUAGUGAUUGCACCGUUGUUUGUCGUUUCCUUCCUGUAACUUUGCUAUCACCUUCCAUGAACUAUAUCAGACUGCACCCAUUAAGACUCCAGGUUUCUAUAAAUAUUAUGGAUGAUACUUAAUUUCAGUUGUGAUGAAACACUACAUUUAAAAUCCGUGUCAGCUUUUCAUUUGGUAAUUUUCCUAACAUCCUUUGACAGUAUCAAUGACAGCAUUUCCAGAUAGUUGUGCCUUGGUUUACAGAGCAUUCCAAUAAAAGUUUUUU